UACCUAUGUUUUGCCACUUAUUGCGUACUGUAAUAUGUAAACCCACAUGUACAAAUCUGUUAUGGUUGACAGUGUGUUUCAUUUUUAUUUUAGAAGGUGUUUUACGGUUUUCCUUUCCUUCCCAGAACUGUUUGAGAAGAAGAACUAUGAGCUGAGAAUAGCAGGCGGUGCCGUGAGAGAUUUGCUUAGUGGGAUGAAACCAGAAGAUGUAGAUUUUGCCACUACGGCUACGCCAGCAGAGAUGAAGGAGAUGUUCACGUCUGCUGGUGUUCGUCUGAUCAACAAUAAAGGAGAAAAACAUGGAACCAUUACUGCCAGGCUCCAUGAACAGAAUUUUGAAAUAACUACUCUUAGAAUAGACGUUGUCACCGAUGGACGACAUGCAGAGGUAGAAUUCACUACUGACUGGGAAAAGGAUGCUGAAAGGAGAGAUCUCACUGUCAAUUCCAUGUUUUUAGGUUUGGAUGGAAUGCUGUAUGAUUUUUUCAAUGGAUAUGAAGACUUGAAAAACAAGAAAAUUAGGUUUGUAGGACAGGCAAGUGAAAGAAUACAGGAAGACUAUUUACGGAUCCUAAGAUAUUUCAGGUUUUAUGGAAGAAUCGCAGAAAAGCCUGAUGAUCACGAACCCAGCACGCUGCAGGCAAUUAAAGAAAAUGCCAAAGGUUUGGCUGGAAUAUCAGGAGAAAGGAUUUGGGUGGAACUGAAGAAAAUUCUUCUUGGAAACCAUGUAAAUCAUUUGGUUCGACUUAUGUAUGAGCUUGAUGUUGCCCAAUACAUAGGACUACCACUUAAUGGAAAUUUAGAGGAAUUUGACAGAGUCACUGAAAACGUUCAAAAUCUGUGUCCAAAACCAAUGACUGUUCUAACAUCACUGCUGAAGGUGAAGGAUGAUGUCAUAAACCUUGAUUUGAGGCUGAAAAUCUCAAAAGAAGAGAAGAACCUUGGCCUUUUUAUAGUGAAGCACCGGCAAGACUUAACCAAAGCUAUGGGUCCAGAACCACUUAAGCCGUAUCAGGACUUCAUAAUGGAUUCUAGGGAAGCUAAUACAAAUUCCAAGAUCUGUGAGCUUCUAAAAUACCAAGGAGAAGAACAUCUUUUAAGAGAAAUGCAGCAAUGGACUGUUCCUUCUUUUCCUGUUAGUGGCCAUGAUUUAAGAAAAAUGGGUAUUUCUUCUGGGAAAGAAAUUGGAACAGCUUUACAACAGUUGAGAGAUGAAUGGAAGAAGAGUGGAUACCAUAUGGAUAAAGAAGAACUCUUAAGUUGCCUGAAAAAGCUGUAAAAAUGUAUAAUAGUUGAUACUUAUUAAUACCCAGUCUAAACAGAAUCAAGAUACUAGUAAAUAUGUUCUCAGAGUAUUAUCAGCCAAUAGAACAUUUUGUAUCGUAAAGACCUUCACAGGUGAACUGUUCUCCUGUUUACUAAUUCAUAAGAAGUUCUGCAAGCGCAGGGGUAAUCUUGCGGUAAAUUAAAGUGGUAUUUGCCAAAUUCUAAAAAGCCUACCUCUUUUUAUUGUAUUUUAAUGAUAAAUACUUACUAAUGCUUACGACUUCAUCUUCACUUAGGACAAGUAGAGCUGACACCAAGAUUUUUCUCAUUCUCACUUUGCUGCAUCCAGGAAGAGCAGGGUCUGUGCUCUAUUUAAAAUCCUCUUCUUCAUGCUUUUUUUUCCCCCCCUCCCUUCUCUCUCUCUAGGAAUAAUGAGAUCUAAAUGUUUUUGUAGUUAAAGCUAGAUAUGAAAUCAAAAUCUUCAUAUGCUGUCUUACCAUAUAAAGCACAUAUGUUUUCUGAAAGGAUUUUAUUUUUCAUAAUUCCAGAAUCAAUUUUUGAUUAAUAGGAUGACUUACCUGAGUCGGUAUGACAGGCAAUACGUACGUGGAUAUGUGAAUCUUUUAUCUCUUCAGUAGUUUUUCAGUAACUUAUUCCUCACUGUGAAUAACUGGGUUUAAAGAAGAUUGGUGGAGGAUUCUAUAAUAUAUUUUCGACUUUUAAUGUGAAACAUAUCAUUAAUUUUAAUAGCAGAAGGGAAGGGAGUUUGAGGUUCCCUGCCUGCCUUUUGUUUGUUUGGUUUUCCCUGUGCCAGGUGGGUGACUCCUGCUUUCCUUCCUUUUUCUUUCACAGUGCGUUUGUUCCAAAGCAAGCAAGAUGGCGUUGUUUGUGUGCCUAAACAAAGUGAACUUGAGCUAAAUCACGUAGUUCUGUCGCCUUUAGAGUACUAACACUCCGGAAAAGUUACCAGUUUCCACUCAGUGAUUCUCCACCCGUCUCUUCCUGUAACUUGCAGCAGUGAGGCACAGAGGUGUUUACCCACGCUCUGCUUAGCAGUCGUUCUCUUGAAAUUGGUAGGAUUAUUUCAGGAAGAAGUCUUUAAUAUCCUUACUACUGUCUUCCCCAGUUACAUAACAUCUGUGUUACUUCCGUGUUAAUUGUCCGUACUUAUCUUCUGCCUAAACUUAUCCGCAUUAAAAGUGCACUCUGAAUUCAGUUCAAAAGGAUGUUCUAAGUAAUGUGACUCUUCAGGGUUAAUAAAUAGAUCAAUAACGUUUUGGAAAAAAAGAGAUAUAAAUGGGUUUGAUGAUGAUUUAAAGCUGAUGAGGAGGGAGGAAACCUAAGCAAGAAGUUUGCUUGCAUGUAGUAUCGAGUAAAUUGUACUGCGUUGUUUUAAGAGGGCUUGAGUAAUGUUCAUAGUCUCUUUGAACAGUAGCGAUGUAAUAAUACUGUGGAAAAUAAUAGGUUUUUGAAGCUGUGCUGUUUCUGACCAGUUUUCAUGAACAUAUAUCAACGUCCUUAGAUUUUUUGCUUAAAAAAAAAAACUAAAACAAAAAACAUUAGUACUAAAAGCUUCUCUUCUAUAUUUAUGAACUUUAUUAGCGGUGUUAAGUUUUCCUAUGAACCCAUGGGUUACUGUAAUAAAAUGUUUUCAUUUUCCUCGUGGUAGUUACCAUUUUCAAACACUAGAUGGCAGUAAUAUCAGCACAGUUUCACAAAAAUGAGGCAUUUUACCCUUUCAUAUAGAUAAUUGCUCCAGCUGGUCAGUUACCUUACAUAAAUUAUUGUGACGGUACUUAAGAAGGUUGGGGAGACAGCAAGGGAAGAAAAAACAAUGCUGUUUGUUAAGACAAACCUGAUAAGCACAUGACGGUGUUCCAUUUAAUUAUGUAAUUAAAUUGCAGCCUCAUGAACAAUUUAUUGAACUACUGAAAUGGUGGGAGGGUGGGGACUAAUAACAUUUAGUACAAGAGUAGAUUCUUCUCUACUACAUCCUUAAAGGCAACUUCUGGUGAGAUGCUAAAGUGUUAGCAACUACCUUUUAUAGUACAAAAUUGUUUUCAGAGCGAAACUCCACUUAGAGGUAGGAUUUUCUGACAGUUAAGGAGGCAAACUUCUAAAGCUUUACAGUCUCCAAAGCUUGGGGAAAAUAAAAAGCAACUAUCUUGUUCUGAAACCCUCAUCAUCAAAGGUAUGCUGCUUUGAAUUCAGCGGCAGUAGCACAUUUGCUCAAAUAGCUCAUUUAAAACUCUUACUACAACUGCACUUUCCAAUUGAUGUAUCCAACAUUUUUAAUUUACUAUAUUUGGAAGAAAUUAAAUCAAGGUAAAAAUGAAACUGCAUUAAAACGCUUUUCAUGUUUUUAAACAAUAGCAGAUUUUAAACAAGAAUUACCAGGUUGCGUUUUUGGAAAAAAUGAUCUCUUUGAACAAAUAAGCAUUUUUCAUUCAGUGUAAACUUCAGUGUAAACUAUUUAAAUACCAAAUUGUAGUUACGAGAUGAAGCAAUUGUGCAUGUACGUUCAAAUAAAGUUCUCCAAAGGCC